AACAACAAACGCAGUAUUCCCACAGCGAAGUUGUCGAUUUUGGCGUAUCCCCCAGAGGCAAAGCGGUGGCUGGAAUCCGCUAUACGUUUUACGGCAACGCUUGUGUACAAAUUCCCGUUUUGUAGUUUUAUUUGAGUCACCGAUUCUCACCAUAGGAAAUUCAACAGGGUGUGUUUAACCCUAACAGCAUUAGCCUGUCACGAUGAGCUCACUUGAUCUCAGUGCAUACCGCGAUCAGCAUUUUAAGGGUUCCCGAGCCGAACAAGAGCGUUUACUAAGGGGCAGUACAACUCUUUAUGUUGGCAAUCUUUCCUUCUACACAACGGAGGAGCAGAUAUACGAACUAUUCGAAAGAUGUGGGGAUGUGAAACGUGUAAUUAUGGGUUUGGAUCGCUUCAAGAAAACACCUUGCGGAUUUUGUUUCGUAGAGUAUUACGAACGACUCGAUGCUGAGCAUUCCAUGGCCUGGGUAAAUGGAACAAAGUUAGACGACCGCAUUAUUCGAACAGAUUGGGAUGCAGGGUUUGUCGAGGGCCGUCAAUACGGGCGUGGCAAGUCUGGCGGACAAGUGCGAGAUGAGUACCGAAACGACUACGAUUUAGGCCGAGGCGGCUAUGGAAAAUUGAUGCAGCAGCGUGUUGAAGGAAGCUCCUGAGAUGAGAAAUUAAUCUUUUCAGGGGGUCGAUCGUGCACUAAACAGCAGGUGUUUCUGUAGAGGGUUUGACAUGUGUGAGUGACGUAUCUAAAUUGAUCACUCUACUUACUCUUAAAGAAACCGCGUAUUUACCACAUGCCAACUGAUGUGCUCAAGUCAACGACGUUUUAGCCAUUUGAGUACCCGCGAUAAGUAUAUCUUUAUACAUAUACACUGAAUGCAUUGUGUUGAACGUCAAUAAAUAGAUGUGAAUCUGUAUUUAUCUGAUGGUUA